AUGCCUGACGAGCUGACGGAGCCCGGGCGCGCCACGCCGGCCCGCGCCUCCUCCUUCCUCAUCGAGAACCUGCUGGCGGCCGAGGCCAAGGGCGCGGGGCGCGCGGCGCAGGGCGACGGCGGCCGGGAGGACGAGGAGGACGGCGACGACCCGGAGGAUGAGGACGCGGAGAAGGCGCGGCGGCGACGGCUGCAGCGGCGGCGACAGUUGCUCGCGGGCACGGGGCCCGGCGGCGAGGCGCGGGCCCGGGCGCUGCUCGGGCCGGGCGCGCUGGGCCUUGGUCCCCGGCCGCCCCCCGGUCCUGGGCCGCCCUUCGCUCUGGGCUGCGGAGGCGCAGCGCGCUGGUACCCACGGGCGCACGGCGGCUACGGAGGUGGCCUCAGUCCUGACACCAGCGACCGGGACUCACCGGAGACAGGCGAGGAGAUGGGCCGUGCUGAGGGCACCUGGCCGCGAGGCCCCGGGCCAGGAGCGGUGCAGCGGGAGGCGGCGGAGCUGGCGGCGCGGGCCCCGGCGGUCGGCGCGGAGGAGGCAGCGGAGCUGGCCGAGGUCCCUGCGGCGGCGGGGGAGACACGCGGCGGCGUUGGCGUGGGUGGCGGCCGAAAGAAGAAGACGCGCACCGUCUUCUCCCGCAGCCAGGUCUUCCAGCUGGAGUCCACCUUCGACCUGAAGCGCUACCUGAGCAGCGCCGAGCGCGCCGGCCUGGCCGCCUCCCUGCAGCUCACCGAGACGCAGGUCAAGAUCUGGUUCCAGAACCGCCGCAACAAGUGGAAGCGGCAGCUGGCGGCCGAGCUGGAGGCGGCCAGCCUGUCCCCGCCGGGAGCGCAGCGCCUGGUCCGCGUGCCCGUGCUCUACCACGAGAGUCCCCCGGCCGCGGCCGCCGCCGCGCCCCCGGCCACGCUGCCCUUCCCGCUGGCGCCCGCCGCGCCCGCGCCGCCCCCGCCGCUGCUCGGCUUCUCUGGGGCCCUCGCCUACCCGCUGGCCGCCUUCCCGGCCGCCGCUUCCGUGCCCUUUCUGCGGGCGCAGAUGCCGGGACUGGUGUGAGCCCUGCCCGCCGGGCCCUCUCCCCGCGGCCCCGGUGGACCUCUGUGGACCCGAGAUCCGGCGGCAGGUGCAGGGCGCAGGGGGCGUUAGGGGAGGGAUGGCCGCUCCUUCGGCCUCCCAGGCACCAUGGCACCUUGGGAGCGGGGGCCGCGCCAGACGGGCCUCAGCCCCUGUGGGGAGCGCCUCUAGAAUGUAACGGGACGCCCCACCCAGUUGCCAGUCUGGAUCUACACCGCAACAGCGGGUAAUGCAGAGAAUGGGCAGCGCAGUCCACGGCGCCAUGGCCACUCCGAGCCUCAGCGAUGAGCGGCCGGUCACAGCCGCCGGGGCAGCUACCCCUAGGCCAAGUCCAGC